CCUCGAAAGUCAAACAACAGAAGAGGAAAAAUAAUAAAUAAUACAAAUUCGUGUUGCUUCAGACUUUUCAUUUCGAUGGAAUAUCGUUUUUAUAAUUAGAUAAGAAUAUAUUAUGAUAAUUAAAAUCCAUACAAGUAUUUUUUAAUGCGACGAGUACUUAACUAAGGACUCGAAGGCUGCUUCCUAGGAUCUAGGUAUCUAAAUACUUGCUAAGUUUAUUAAGUCAAGGAAGUGUCCCAUACAUUCAUUCUGCAUUCAGUGAAUUAACUGUGGAGAAUAUGAGAAGCGAAUAUGUGUGUUGCAACCUAAGAUGAAUAAUGACAACAUAAAUGAUUUCUUGCCCUCACUUUUAAGGCCGAGGACCAUCCGACUUACAGAACAUAGUGGGAAUUUUUCACCUACACAGAAUUCAAUUACUAGUCAACGUUCCUUGUCCCUAAAAAGAAACACUUCCACAAUAAUUAUUCAGAGUUCACUUAAGAGUCAUAAUUCUUUGGGCCUUAAAAGAAAAAGCAACUGCAGCUCUUUACAUACUUUAACUAAGAAUUCCACUGUUCAUCAAAAUCCCUCUCUCGGAAAACGAAGCAGCAGAGAUAGCUUCACAAGAAUCUGCAAUGACGUUAAUACUCAACUCGCGGAGAAUCACAGAAAUGUUAGUGACAAUGAUUCCUUAAGAUUUUCAAUUUGCGAAGAUUUAAAUAAUGUUGAUUGUAGAGACAAGGAAAAUUUAGAAUGUACACAAAAUAUAAAUAUAAUUCCAGAACAACUUGCAACUGAGCAUAAAGCUGCAGAAAGCAUUUCAUUACGAUUUUCGGAUAUCACAGUUAGGCAAAACGAUUUCCGCACACAGUGCAGUCUGUCUAGUUUUGAUACUUUAGAUUUAAAGGAUACUGACAAGCAUAAAGAUGUUAACAUAAACGGUCGUAUUCCUAGUGUCUCAUCUGUAAAAGAAUAUAGAGCUCCAAGCAAAAAUAGUAAAGACAGAACGGUUAUUAUUUGUGAAGAACAACCUGUGAUCUCUAUCUCAUUUGCUGUAAACGAUUGUGAUAAAGUAGCUAUAAGCUCAAAUAAAAGUAAUAUUAAGAAAGUAUCUGUAGAAAACGGAAAGGGUCAACUAAACGUUGACUGUAAACUUGUCGAAGGAUCACAGUUCUCAGAGGUCACUGACACUGAAGAGUCAUUAGAUAUGAACGAAUUGUCAAACGAUAAGAAGAGUCCACAAAAAAGGAAAAACGCCGCUAUCAACUUUGAAAUUAAAAAGCAGAAAUUGUCAACUGGGGAACAGAGUACAGACAAAGUUCUUAUUUUAAAAACAAAUGCCAUUGAGAAGCUUACACAUGUCAUUGUUCAGCCACCAAAUUAUAAAUUAGUGAAACGGAAAAUUUUAGACCAAAGUAAAGUUGGAAUCGGCAAACAAUUACCUAUAUUACGCCCUGAAAACAAUGAAAUAAGUGUUGCCGGUUGUCAUCUAAAGCAGAAGUCUAUUUACAGUUAUUUCAGAAGUAAAAAUGUUUUGAAAACACAUCCGUCGGUUAAAAGUUCAGUUGGAUUGAUCAGUAGUCAUGAUUUGAACAUUUGUGACGGUAAAGAGUUAGUGCGUGACGAUGCACAGGAGAUGAACAAAAACUCGGGUGUCAUCGAUUUUAAACACGAUGGACGUUCAUUCUAUAAGCCAAAUCGAAAUGAAUCUUCAAAAACGACGCGUCAUAUGCAACAAUCCCCAUCGCCCAAAGCAUCCCUCAAGACCUCGAUAUCGGAUGUACCGAGAAAUAUCUUGCAAAUGUCUAAAAAAGACAGCGCUGGAUUACUUUCACCUAGAAGACCAGUUGGAUCUUUACAAUUCAACCUACCAUUGCGGUCAAAAUCAAACAAAAACUCUAUUGUCGCACGCAAUAAUAUACCUCAUUAUAAAAUCGUUGCAGGCACCCAUUUUGCGGUAGACGCAUUUUCCUACGGGGACAUUCCAAACGUGAAACAUUAUUUCCUAACGCAUUUCCAUUCGGAUCACUAUUCAGGAUUGAAAAAGAGUUUCAACAAAUUGUUAUUGUGUUCUAAAAUAACUGCGGACUUAUGCACUUCACGUUUGGGAGUUAAUUCGAAAUACAUUCAAGUGAUAAACGUGGAUGAAACAAUAAGAAUCGAGGGAGUCGAAGUCACAGUGGUCGAUGCGAAUCAUUGUCCCGGUGCUGUAAUGCUGGUAUUUACGUUGCCGAACGGUAAGAGCUUGCUCCACACUGGGGAUUGCCGAGCGUCGCCCACUAUGGAGUCAGCGCCCGUAUUUUGGAACAAGGAUAUGCACACCAUAUAUCUUGAUACAACUUAUUGCAACCCUCGCUACGAUUUUCCAACGCAAGACCAAAGUUUAGAAAUGGCGAUAUACAUUUUGAGACAAAAGAAGAUGGCCUUGGAGAAGAUUGGCAAACAAUUUUCGUCAGUGCUCAUUGUCUGUGGUACUUAUACUAUAGGUAAAGAGAAAUUCUUUCUCGGCAUGGCGCGACGCGUCGGUUGUUCAGUGUGGGCCUGCCCGGAGAAGGACCGGGUCCUGCAGGCUGUGGAGGGCCACAGCUUCAGCCACUCGACGCCCCAGGCCUGCCAGUUGCAUGUUGUUCCUAUGCGGGAUUUGACGCACGAGAAACUACGCAGCUACAUGGACAGUAUGCCGGGAACUUUUAACGAAGUGGUUGCGUUUAAGCCGAGUGGAUGGGAGAAUGGAAAGAACUCUGCAGUUGAAAAGGACUCCGUCACUAUUCACGGUAUACCAUACAGCGAACACUCAAGUUUCUCCGAGUUGAUACGAUUUGUGAAGUUCCUCAAACCAAAGCAGGUUAUACCAACUGUGGAUAUUUCGGGUGGCAUCAAAGCUGUUCAGAAAUACUUUCCAUGCCCGUUGGUGGACAAGGACUCUAUACAGUGUCAAAGUAGACUAACGGACUUCUUCGGCAUAAAGAAUCGACAGCAAGGAUCUGCCGUUACUUGAAAGGCUACAAUUUAUUUGUUUCAGGUAAAAAAUGAAACCAAAACUGAAUAUAAUUAAGCUGCCAUUUUAUACUGUGAUUUAUUAUUGAAUUUAUGAUAUUGAUAUUUAUGCGAUGUUUUGUUACAAAGUUUAAUAAA